AUGUCUUUGAAUCAGAUGCAAUCCGCCCUCGACGCCCCUUGGCAGUUUGUCGAACGGAAACGACCAUCUUUCCCUGUCUUGAGCUUGUCCUCAAGGCACCCGCCGCGAGCCUUGUCCGCGUCCCGCCGUCAAAAGGCUGCCGCAGCCUGCGCCGCCUGGUGAGACGCCGCUGACGCCUGCCUGGCGUUGGUGGUGAUACCUCCUUUGCCCCCAAGCGUGGCCCUUGUCACCCUCGUCACCCUCACCUCACCGUCGUACUCAUCUCGCCCCGUCUCGCCCCGUAUGGGCGCAAUCAAAUGCAAACACCGCUGCAACGCCUGCUGUCGACCCAAGUGCACAGCGUGAGUGCAUUGCUUGCUGAAACGCAUGCUGGUGCAUAGGCGCCGCGCUUGCAGAGCCACCUGUCCGUCGCGAGGCAGGCGUCAAAUCACUACCGUGGGAGCCGCGCGCCGAUCACCCCCUGGCCCGCCAUCUCCCGUCCCCUCGAAUCCGCCGACCUUGCGAAAAGCUCCCCGACCAUCUCAACAGCGGCGACGACCUGCCACGAUACCACCAUUUGUGCUUGCCCAACGCCCGAGCAGCACGCCGUCGCGUCGGGGACGUCUGACGGGGGCGGCCUCAGGAGCGUCUCCUGCGAUUACAACUCCCAGCAGCCUGCCAACUCCUCCUGCCAAGCCCUUCGCCCUGAAAUUAUCGCACUGCCGCCGACAUGCCCGAGGCUCAGGCCAUCGAUGUCGCGCCGCGGCACAGCACGAUGCUCGCUGACGUUCCCGAGGGCGGAGCAUCUCUGCCGCGGAGCCGCCCCAACCUAGAAGCACUCGCGACGAGUGUAAACCAGAAUGGUUGUUUCGAAUUCGACCGCAUCAUCAAGAGCGGCUAUGCCGAAAAACGGACGUCGAAGACCAAGAAAUGGAAGCCGGUCUACAUUGUACUCCGACCCAAUACCCUGUCGAUAUACAAGAACGAGAAAGAGACCAAGCUUCGACACCAAGUCCACUUGUCAGACCUGACGGCAGUGACCUUCCUCAAAGACCCCAAGCACAAGCGCGACAACGUCUUUGGAUUGUUCUCGCCAUCGAGGAACUUUCAUCUACAAGCGCCCACGGCCAGAGAUGCGGAAGAAUGGGUGAACUUGAUUCGAAGGGAUGCGAGGAUAGAGGAGGAGGAGGAGGAAAUGUUUCUGGCGAGUCCACUUGCCCGCAGCCUGUCGCCUAAUGGCCUACGGGCUGUUAUACCGGGUGCAGGAGGACCCGGUGCUGGCGGCCGUGAUCUCCGAGAGCGAAUGUUGUCAAGCUCACCCGAGAUGUAUGACCCGCCGGCGCCUGGUUUCGUCGCCACCGGGCGCCGCAAGUCGUCCAACAUCGACUCGUCUGGCAUGUCAGGCAACGAGCUGCCGUCGCAUUCGGACGUGUCAGAUAACGAGGGCGGCGGUGUGCAACGGCAGUACGGGACUUCGUUCGAGAGCCUCGCGGUGCAAUCGCCCAUGGAGAUGGGCUCACUUCCGCGGCCGGCAGUGGCGGUGCCGCAAACGCUGGGGAACCAGUCCGCAAGCCAAGUGAGUGUCGGCAACCCGGCCGGCGGGGCCACGCCGAUGGAGAAGGACCCGGACCGGGUGAUCUGGCAGGGGUGGCUGUGGAUGCUGCGCAGCAAGCGAGGGGUCCGGCAGUGGAAGGACAUGUGGGGGGUGCUGCGGCCGCGCAACUUCAUCCUGUACAAGGACGAGUCCGAGUACACGGCGCAGUGGAUCGUGCAGCUCGAUGUCGUGGUCAACGUCGUGGAGCUGGAUCCGGUGAGCAAGAGCAAGGAGAACUGCUUGCAGAUCAUCACGGAAGAGAAAAGCUACCGCUUCUGCGCUCACGACGAGGAGAGCCUGGUGCAGUUCAUCGGGGCCUUCAAGAGCUUGCUGGCCCGGCGCCGUGGUUUGGAGGCGGCGCGGACGGCGGCGCCCAUGCCGGCAGCCGUGAGUCCGACUCCGACUCCAGCGCCUGCUUUAUGAUCCACGGCGAACGGGGGGCAGGCAUGUGUCGUGCUCAACCCUCCAAGGUACCCCGGGAGCCGGGGGACAGCCGGUGCCCCCGUCACCGUCUCUUUUACGAUUUUACGACGACCUGCAGCCUUCGAUUUUUACCCUAUUCCCCCACGGACGGCCCGGUGUCUGCGCGUCUUGUUCUUUGAUUCCUGUGUUAGCCAGUUCGGCUGCGGGUGAUGGCGGAGGUCGGCUUUUUCACUAUGGAAGGAUUGAGGAGUCUGGACAGUGGCCUCGUUCAUAGCACCCGCCUUAGUUGCGUGCAUAAUAUCAGGACUUGAGGAGGUCGCCGUUUUCGAUGAUGCCAUGCCUGCGCCACGCUCCACGUCCGGCUGGAGCUCUGUCGAUCCGGGGAUGUCGGCGCCGCCGGGGUUGCAGCGGGAGGGAUGCGGUCCCUGGUCGUGCCCACAUGCACGCUCUACGUUCGUUCAAUGCGACGCACCCCAGCUCGGAG